AUGGUGAGAAGCACAAGCGAAAAGAAUGAUACGGAGGUCGAUAAUUUCUCAGUCAACAUAAACAACAGCAACGACUUUAACAGAGUACUGAACGAAAUUAAGCUAAAAGAAUUUCAUCGUGAAAAGUCGAAAAAAGGGAAGCAGACAAGGAGUAAGGUAAAGGCGAGAAAUGGGAACGAUGUAGAAAAUGACAUGGUAAUCUUGAACUCGCAGUCAGACAAGAGCACAAGGAGCAAGAGGAUUCUUAGCCAAAGUAGAGGAAAAGGAAAAUUGAUACAGGAUGACGUGAAUGGGAUGAACGCGCAAGGUAACGAUUUGUACGAUACACCUGUUUUCCCGCAAAUCACCUCCUUAAUUCUUUACCAUGAGAAAGAAAACAACAACUCUGAAUCUUCCAGUAGCAUCAAGCAUGCAAUAAACGAAAAAAUAGAAAGACACAGCUCCAACCAUAAAAUGGAGAAACAUACCAUAUAUGAUAUCUAUGAGAAAACAUUGAAAAAAUUGUCCAUUGAAGACGAAAGUGAUAUCUUAAAGGAGAGUGAUGAAAGCAACUUUUAUUUUAAUAUGAACAAAAGUUUGGACAAGAGAAAAAGCAAUAUAAACUUUUCAAUCUCCAAUUUUUCAAAUAACACUUCUGAUGUGUCCUCAUCUAAUUUGAUUCCCGCGUAUCGAACAGAAGGAAGUAAGAUGGAGAAAAAAAUGAACCACCAAAAUGAGAAGGAUACAAAGUUGAGGGGAAUAAAACAUAGCGAUAAGGAUGCACAGACGAAGCAGUCGCGCCACCACAGUAAGGAAGAAAAAGUGCAUAGGAAAUUGGAACAACUUGCAAGAAAUGGUGCCCCGGAAAGUGAAUCGAAUAUUUACUACGAUGAGAGGGCGUUUAACGUUUCGCACAUGGACAGGGAACAUCACAGUUGUAGGAAUGGUGGUGAUUCUUCCAAUGAGGAGGGAAGCAUUAGAGGAAUGGUAAAGGGAAAAAAGAUAAUCGGUAAGGAACAGGGCAAAGAAUCAAAUAAAUAUGAAAACAAGUGCAAAUCGAAAAGUUCAAACACAAGGGUAAAUCUGGAUGAAGAGCCCGACGCGCGUGAUGCAGAGCUCCCAGCAGAUUUGCUCCGUACGAACGAAUUAAAAUCGUCAGGGAACGAAUACCUUACGCAGAAGGAACGUGAUUAUUUGAAUGUGUCCAACCCUUUAUCAACUGGGAACUUGCAUGAAUGUGGAAGGGGGGAAAUGCAGAAAGGAGAAAUGGGAAAUGAAAAAUAUAAGGUAGCCAGCACAAAGGGGAAAGAUCAAAUUGUGGAUAACUAUUAUGAUAAUGACGUGUAUGACGAGAAGGAGACAGUGCGGGCAUCGCUGAAAGAUAUACCCGAAAUUAAUACUUACCAUUCACUGAACAGUCUAUUGCACAAAAGGAAAAAAUAUAUAAAUGGAAGAACGGAUGAGAAUUACGCAACAUCAGAAAUGACCACAACAGAUUCUGAAUGCUCGAUAGAUGAGAAACUUAAUAUGGGUGUGUCAUAUGAUGAUUUUAAAAAUAAGAAGCAAAGUGAAAUGUUGUCCGUUGUACAGGUCAGCAGAAGUAAGGAAAAGUUACUGAAAGUGGUAAAUAGUGAGCAAAUUUUAAAUAUUAGGAAGAUUCUAAGAGUAAUGCGCGAAUUUUAUAUAGGAUUUAUUGGUCUACAAUUAAUUUAUUUUAUAACUUAUCUUCUCUUUGGUAACAAUAGCGUCUACUUAAUUCAAAUUGUUUCUAUAUCUUGCACCUUCUUUUCGCUUUUGGAUGCCAAUUACCACGGCUACUUAUUAAAUGGCUUUAUUGAUCUUUGUAUUGCAGUUUUCCUAAAUAUAGCUAUUUUAGAAGAUAUUUCCGGUUUUAAGAGCUUAAAAUCUAAUGAUGUGUUAAAAAAUAUAACCCUGUCGAAUGUCGUUUUCCUGUACUUCUUUUCUGCAUUCUCCUUUUUGAAUGGCUAUUUUAUACACAAAUUGCAUUCCAUGGAAAGAAGAAAUAUAAAGCAUGUAAUACGGAGCAUCGAGUCCAAGGCAGAGCAGGCUGUUAGGAGCGGAACGCUCGCUACGUCACCUUCCAAAAGUAUUCAUUAG